GUGAAAGCCAUGACUGGACAGAGUAUCCCCUCCCUGUUCAAAAUGUGCUGGAAGUACAUCGGUCCUCUGCUCUAUAUGGUGUUCCUGGUCUGCUCCUUCCUAAUCACUGAGCCCCUGACCUCCAGGGAUGGUGCUCUCUUCCCAAACUGGGCCUAUGGUCUGGGAUGGGCCAUUGCCCUGUCUGGCAUUGUCCCAGUUCCCCUUUGGGCCAUCAUCAAGAUCUGCCUCUCCAAGGGCCCCAUUCUAAAGCGCCUGCGUGUUCUGUGGACCCCAGCAGAAGAAGAAGAGCUCAGGACCAGGGCUGAAGCUGAAGUCCUCAAUGAAACCAGCACAUCUCUGAAGCACCAGGAGGUACACACAGGCACAAAGGACUUCCAGCAUGGCCUUGAACAGAUGCCAGUGAAUCCAGCGGUGCAUGGACAGAGGAACUACCUGGUGUGCCAGUACAAAGUGAUGAAUGUGGGACUUAAAUGGGACAUGCCCAGAGAAGUGUGCAGGAGGAAGCUGGAACAGAUGCCCGAGCCAUGUGUUGUGCGUGGACUGGAGCCCCGCCCCGCGCCGUGGCCCUGGGCUGCUGGUGGGGAGGGGGAGGGGGGCUGUGAGGGGGCCGCGGGGGGCUGGGUCUCCGCGCCACCCCGUCUCCAGUCAGCGGGACAGAGCGCGCACACCUCGUUCACAGAAGCACCCGCAGCGCAGUGGUCCCAUCAUCACUCACCUGCUCCACCGCUCCACUCCGCGCACAUCCACAUCGCUUCGCCCCGGUCCGAACUCUCUGACCCGGGACUCAAUAUGUCGGAACUCUCGGUCAACGACCACUUGGAAGGGAUUUUAUCGGAUUUUGAAGCUCUGAAGAGGUCCUUUGACAUUGAAGACGAGGAGGACAUCCCCACUUUCUCCUCCCCCUCUCUGGUCUGCUCCCCGCUACCGACUGCCUCCCCUCACUACUACCUCAACCACACCAAACCUAAGCUCCAGUCGCCCACACGGCCUUACCCCUCGCCCCUGGGCCCCCCACAAGACCACCACAGCCCCACAUCCCGGCCCCGCGCUGUAGUCGCCAGUCUGUCCUUCAACAAGGGGACCCCUAGCAAGCCUCUCCACAGCAAUGGGACAUGUGUGACACGGGCCGCCUCCUUCCAGAGCCGCCUCAGUCCCAAUGGGUACUCAGCUAUGUUUGGGGCAGGCAGCGACAAUGACAGCCUGCAUAGCUCAACGUCCAGCCUGGAGUACUCCGGAGGGGGGUCCAAGCUCCUGUCCUACCCCUCCCCCCGCACACCAGAGGAGUACCCCCUACACAUCGCCCAUCAGCAACCUCCCGACCACAGGAAGUCCAAACCCAUUCCAGACCUGCACAGCCCCAAUGGAGACGCAGGGGGUGCUGUGGGGAGGAGUGGGGCAUCGGAACGUCUCUCUCCCGGUUUUAAGUUUGCCAAUUCUAACGCUAACUGGAAUGGCCGUUUUCGCAACAACAGCAGCUUUGGAGAAGACAUCCAUUCCUUCAACAACCACAGCCCAAAGUCAGCCACCCCGGCAAGUCAAAGGAAGCUAAACAAGUUCCCCCUGGAUUUGGACAGUAUAGUGACCGGUCCCUCUGUCCCUUCAGAGGCAAUGUCCCCUCGAGCAAGUGUCCCUCCACGUUCCCCCGGUUCUGGGAUGGUCAGCUCUUCAGCCUCCCUGAGCAGCCUGGAUAGCUCGGACACCCCUCCACUCUAUGCACGCGUCACCCCUCCCCUCCUCACACCCGUCACCCCACCCCUCUACUCACCCGUCACCCCACCCCUCUACUCACCCGUCACCCCACUCCUCUACUCACCCGUCACCCCACCCCUCUACUCACCUGUCACCCCACCCGGCUCCCAGCGAGUCCCCCGAGUCAGCCCCUGCCCGGUCCCUCUGUCGCCCGCCCAGACCCCCCGUCUGCAGCUCCUAGGGGAACACGGAAGAUGA